AUGUCCAGCGCAAGCCUACGACUGACGGAACCCGUCGUCUUUCUCGUCGGCGGUCUCGACUACGAGCGGGCACGACAGCGACAACGGCGAGCGACGGCGCGGGCAGCGAACGCAGCGGCAGGGAAUGGAACUGAAACGGCAGCUACUUCGCCCGCCGAAUCUCGCAAUCACUCCCCAGCCCGCCUGUUCUCCAACUCGCGCGCGGCGUCCCUCUCGCGACCUGGGUCGAGGGCAGCUUCGCCUGCUCCGCCGCUCAGUCGUGCCGCGAUCCCGCAAGGAGACGACUUUGUCCCGCCAAACAGCCGAGGGCGUAGCUCGAGUCGGACGAGGCGCGUUGAUCCGCCGCCACCAACCGGCCCUGCGGAGCCGCGACCCGGCGAGGGAAUCAGCCGGGGACGAAGCGGGAGUCUCGUGAGGGAGAUGACGGAGGCGCAGAUUCGGUUGCGGGAACAGCAGGAGCACGAGGCUCUUGACGAGCCGCCUCCUGCGAUGCUGAGGGGUCUCUUGACCGUCCACCUUAGCAAGCCGACGCGGGUGAAGGAGAUCAGCGUGCGGUUCAAGGGUGUUGCGCGAACGGACUGGCCCGAGGGAAUUGGCCCUCGCCGACUCGACGUGAUGGAGGAGAACCUCCUCAUCAAUGUCACCAAUACCUUCUUCUCUGCCGCCUCUUCCUCCAUGAACCGCCGUGCAGCCUCCAUCGGUCCCGGCUCGGGCGACCAUGGCGAAGAGCCGCGAGGCCGGUCUUCGCGCCGUGCGGCCAGCGUCGCUCCCGGUCGUGAGCUCAGUCACGGCCGCUCGUACCCGCCAAACAGCCUCUUCCGCCAGCAGCCUUCACCCGUCACGUCCACUAUCAGCGUUGGCGAAGUCUCCCGUGCACCGAACCUCUCGCGCAUCGCAUCGGAAGAGUCGGUCAACGGAUUGGUCCCGCCAAUCCAGCCAGGCGAAGCUGCACCGGCCUACGAGGUGGCAGUCGAAUCGCAGCCUGGCUCGCCGAUGCACCUGCCACAUGCGCCAAACCUGUCGGUCGACACGCUCGACCUGGGUUCACCCGCUCAACUCGCCUUCCGCAACUCGUCGCGACAGUUCGACCGCUCGCCGACUCCGUCCCGCUCGCCUCUCGCCACCGCCAACCCUAUCAUUUCACCCUCGACUUCGAACCACGACCUCCGCUUGAACCGCACCUCGACUGGCGCAAGUCGACUCUCGCACGAAUCGGGCUCGAGUCUCUCGACGCACUCGGACGAGACGGAUCGUCCGCACCUCGAUCGCCACGCUUCUUCGGGCGCCUCGACAGCCGCUUCGCAGUCGUCAGACUCCGAGAUCAACGGCACAGGAUGGAACAGUGCGCCUGUUCCCGGCACGGCCGCCUCGAGUAUUCACCGCGGACGGCCAGCAACCCGCAGCCGGAACUUGAUGGCGGGAAUCGAGCAGCUGGGCGAGGACGAAGCCGGCAGUCUCGACGUCGUCACAAACGGCGUGUCUGGCAUGACUUUCCAGCCCAAGUCCUCGACUCGACAGCCACCCGCACCUUCCGCCUCUUCCGAGCGAGGUCGCCGUGCAUCGACUUCAUCGAACGCAACUGCGCGCCGCGUCUCCUCUUCCGACCGACCGACCGCCCUUCCCAGCGCUCUCAAGAGCACCGGCAGCAGCAGCAGCUCGGCCCGCUCGGCGUCUCGCGGUGCGCGGUUCAGCCUGAGUGGCGUUACGGAUGUCUUCCGACACAAGAGCUCGAGUCGCGCUCGUGACAUGCAGCGAGACGAGUCGGUCGCCUCGACUACUCGACGAGACGCGAGUCCCGAUACCCAGCGCGGCGGUUCGAGGAUGCGCAGUCAGUCUCGCGGUCGCAAGACUGCUUUGAAGGCGCUGCGAGAUGCGCUUGUGGCGGGCCAUCACCACCAUCACAAUGCCGAGCGGGACGGCAGCGACGACGAAGGGCACCGGGACAGUGAUGUCCUCGCUGUCGGAGACGGUUGGAAGGAGUUCCGAGCGGGAACGUAUACCUACCCGAUCUCCAUCCCGGUUCCCGCCAGCUUGCCGCCGACACUGGACUGCGAGUUCGGACAUGUCCACUACACGCUCAAGGCGACAGUGCACCGCGCCGGCGCCCUGACGACGAACUUGACGUCGUCGACCGACGUGACGCUCGUCACGACGCUGGGCGAGGAGGACACGGAGGAAAGCGAGAGUAUCGUCGUCGAGAGGUUCUGGGAGACGCAGGUCAAGUAUCACGUUGCGCUGAGCGGCAAGAGCUUCCCCAUCGGCGGCCAGAUCCCGGUCAGCAUCCGGCUAAACCCGCUCGCCAAGAUCAAGUUGUACCGCAUCACCGCCCAGCUCGAGCAGAAGACGUCCUACUUUGCUUCAGUCUCCUCCGGCCGCAAGCUCACGCGGCACGAGACGCCGAAGCGCUUCCAGCUCUUGCGUAUCGAGAACAAGGAUCCGAAGGAGCCGCUCUUGCCGAUCUUGUCGGACGACCCGAACGUCCUUGCGAACCACCCCCUCAAGGACUUCUUCAUCAACACGAGCUCGUCCAGCGACGAAACGCCGUCGCUGCUGGAUCCGAUCGGCCCGUGGCACCUUGACGGCACGCUCCAGCUUCCCGACUGCUCGACGAAGCUCAACGUCAGCACGAACCACGAGAAGAGCAACAUCUCGAUCACUCACACGCUCAAGAUCAUGCUGCGUGUCGAGCGAGGCGACGACGAGUACCUCGACUCGAAGGGCAACCGCAAGCUCUGGGACAUUGUCGUCGAGGCUGGCGCCGUCAUGCUGUCGUGUCACUUGUCGCAGAACGUCCUGCCCGCCUACACCGACGCGACCUCCUCCCUCUCUGGCUCGACUCGCCCACGUCGCAACACCAUCACGGCUCGCACCCCGACACAUACAUGCGGCGCCGACCACGGUAAUCGGCAUCAUGGCUUGCACAUCAACGUCGGCGGCAGCUCGUCGACCGGUCGCUCGCACUCGUCCGGUCCGCCCGUUGCGAGUCUCGAGCAGAACCUUCUCUUUGCUCGGCUUAUCUCGGGCGAGACGACUCCUGCGGGCGAGACGCCGCCUACUUAUGAGGCUGUUGUUGAUGGAACGGCGCCGGAGGGGCAUGCGCCGAACGAGGCACGGGCACAGGUUGUUGCGACCGAGGAGGAAGAGCGGGGGCGCAGUUCGAGCAGGCGGGAUUGA